UUCGUUAAACUUAAUCAGACACAGACAAGACGUAGCUGCUCGGUUUAAUUUACAGUAUGGAAGAUGUACCGCACAAUUCAUCAUCAACUACGUUAUGCCCCAGCAAAAUAAAUUCAGUCGAGAUAUUAUGGAUAUCGGGAUUCGCGAACUCUAUAACAAUUCUUAUAAAUCUAUCAUUUAUUCUGGUGUUGUCAAGACGUCGACAAACACUAAACUUUGAAAAUCUUCAUGCUGUGAACUUGCUGCUGUCAACGAUGGUGUUAAGUUCGGUCGCAUUAUUCGAUUUUGCGAUGAUUGCCGAUUUUGAUUCUACACACUUGGAAACAAGCUACGCAGACUUUCACAUGCUGCAUCUUCAACUCCUUGGAUUUAUAAGGGCCCUUCGUCUUUCUUUGAUUUUAACAAUUGGGCUCAGUUUAUUGACAUUAGUUUAUGGACAAAGGCGACAUUUUCGAGUUGAUGAAAAAAUUGGAAAAUUGGUGUCCAAACAAUAUUCCUUCCGUCAACGGCCAGCUAAUACGAAAAUGGCAAUGAAGAAAUUCUACAAGCGAGAAAAAUUCAAAGCAAUUUUAGCUGUGGUACUUUGCUGGCUUCUUCCACUGUGUUUAGCUAUUCCAGUGCCUGCUGGUUGGAAUUGUAUUUCAAAACAUCCCUGCUUCUCCGGAUAUUUUAGUCUUGCGCAUGAUUUAUAUACAUCUUUAUCAGAUGAUUUCGAAUUUGUUUGCUCAUUUUUCUGGCCACCUUUAACCACAAAUUUUGUUAUUACAAUUACAACAUGUUGGAUCGUCAACAAUAUAAUCACGUUUUCGGCCCUUAUUUUCCUCGUUAAAUCUCACUUUGACAACACGGAAACGAAACAGAAUACUGCUUGGAAGUUCAAGUCACUUAAAUCUUCUAUUAGAGGAAUUAUUAUCAUCUGUGUAUCUACUUUCCUCACAAAUUCUCCAUUUGUUCUUAUAUUAUUUUACAACGCUGUUGCACAACUCGAGAUUUACGAAACCGCUGUUCAAGUCGCGGUCCUUUUUUCAUAUAUUCACAUGCCGUUCAUUCCUUUUAUACUAUUGGGUUAUCUACCUGGCGUCAGAAGUUCUAUGUUAAACGCACUCACAAAAUGUUCUUGCAUGUGGAAAACAACUUUGGCUAGGAAGACUGACGAGCAAAGCCAAAUUCAUAGUCCGGAUAUGGAAGACAUACCCUUGACAGAAUACUGGCAUUUGAUGACGCUCGGAUCAACCCAUGUAGGACCAAGUCCAAGUACCCCUGAGGAAGAAAGAUUAAACAAAGAAUUUCUGCAGCAAUUGUCAAUGAAACCAAAAUAGAAAACCAGGGAUCAAACAAACAUUAAAAGUGCCGAGUAAAAACUGAGCCUGGAAUUAUUCUAGCAAUUGCUCGAAUAUAUUUCACACGGAAUUUAAUUAAAUUCUAACUUUUCAUUUUGGAAGGAAAUUAAUUAUACAUAUAUAACAAUACAAUUUGAUUACAUUUUUAUAGCCAAUAAAUGGAUACUAACAAAGCCAAAUAUUGUGCUUUGAUAAUGCAAGCAACGGCGUAUAUUCGAUGUGAUAAUUGCAUGGCCCAUACUUGUAGGAAUAAUUUCAUCGAUCAUCGCAUGGAAGAAUAGCCAGUUUAAUUUAGCAAUUCGCAACAAAAGAAACCCCUUCUUUGUCUCGGUUUAAUGGUUUGCCAAUAGGCAAUUUGUACGAGAUAAUAGAAUCCUAUUGUUAUUCAUUUUCAGUCGGUAUAAAACCAACAAUAGCCGGCAGUCCGUUGACAGUAGUUCUGUUACACAGUCGUGUAUUCUCAGGGAAGUUUGAGUAAACAACGGAGUAUAUGGAAUAGUUGAAAAUAAAUAGCCGUGAAUGCUUGUUAAAAAAACAUAACUCGUAUAACUUACAACGUAUGUUUUUUCUGAGUAUAGAUAAUUAAUUCUCAGUGCCGUUUCCGAUACAAAUAUUGUAGUUAACUCAAGCAGAAUACUGGUCGAACUCAAACCUGAGUUUAGUCCUGCAACCUAGUCACGCUCAUAAUAUGCUAUAGCUAUUUGGCGAUAGACAAUGUGGAUUGGCAGAUAUAUAUAGCUCAUCGUAGAUUUCAUUUUGUUAUUGUGCUUUGACGUCACCAAAGUAAAUACCUCGACUUAAGAAGAAAAUAGUUUUCUAUUAUUAUAUAAGUAACUAAUUCAACAAAACCCAAUUCAGAAAAUAACCACUUAAUAUUUCUUGAUAUAUCUAAAAUAUAUCCGUUUCAGAACGUGAAAAUUUAAAUAAUUAUUCAAAGCGGAGAGGCCAUCGACAAACACAUCAGUUCGUGAUUCCGUAGAUUAAAUAUCGAUUUUGUAAGGUUUAUGUUUAUAUUACACUUGAGUUUUAUAGAAAUGUCAAGUGUUUCAUUGACUGUA